AUGGAAGAAACACAAAGCAAAACAUUUGAAACACUGAUAGCUCAAACGGCAUCAAGAGGGAUUCGUUGCUCAUUCAAAAAGUCGAAGAUGGUCAUUCCUUGGUCAAAAGAAGAGGAUAUGAUGCUUGUCGACGCAGUCAAGAAACAUGGCAAAAAUUGGGAAGCCGUGUCUCAGUGCGUCGAUGGGAGAACGAAAAAACAAUGUAAAGAGCGAUUCACUCAAAAGUAUGAUCCAUCAAUUACUCGUCAACCGUGGUCGAUGCAGGAGGAUAUGACCAUCAUCACCGCUCAACAAAUAUAUGGAAAUAAGUGGACGGUAAUUCAACAUUUCCUCCCUGGUAGAAGUCCUAAUAACAUCAAAAAUCGGUGGUUCUCACAUCUUGUCGAUCUGACACCAAAAAGUGAGUGUUCCCAAACAAAGCGGUUGUCCGCAUUUGUUCCUUCAAAUGCCGUAUUUGUUGUGGUAGAGUCACAAGACUCGUUGUAA